AUGGCCGCUCGCCCCGUCGUGAGGAAAGCCCUGGGCCUUGGCGGACAUGGCUCCGGUCUCCAGCAAGCAGUGGAGCACGGAAAGUCCACCCUCUUCUUCCGGGAGGUGUGCCGCACCCUGCCCUGGGUCGUCCACAACUACAAGCUCGAGGAGCUGACCACCGUCUCUCAGUUGCGACGAAACGUGAACCAGCUGUUCAGGCGGUUCGAGGAGGUCAAGACGCCCGAGGCGGUGGACCUCCUCAUCUAUAAGGGCCGCGAGGAGCUCGAGACUGACUUCUGCCCCGUCGGCCUGUGCUCCUCCCAGAUGAUCAUCAUGCAGCAUAAGCAGCGGCACCAUCUGAUCGACAAGUACGUGGGCCUGCCCGCCACUACGGAGCCCAAGCCCAAGCCCGGCAACCUGUCACCCUUCCUGGCCCAGUUCUACCUGUCCAACUGA